AUGAUUGUCCUGGAUAUAUAUCUGCGCCUGGGUAAAGACGAAAAGGCUCGAGAGUUGUUCAUGAAAGUGUGCGAUCGUUUUCACACGGAAGAACAAGUUGAACAGCUCGCCUGCUCUCGAGCCGCGUGGAAGCAGAUUCUUGCUGUUCCCGAGCGGCCCCUCCUGGACUUUCUCAACAUUCACGCAGCCAAGCUCCGGCCAGCCGUCUCUCGUGCCUGUCAAAUGGCUGAGAACCGCCUGCAGGGUGGUCCGAGACGUCGAUAUGCAGGCCAGUCUAUCGAGAAGCUGGUCCAUAUUAUCAGCAGGAAUACGUUCAAAGAUUGCCCCUAUGACAGGUUGGAUGCUUAUCGCCCGCCUGGCAACCUCCGGGAUCGACCCCGGAAUGCCAAUGCUCUGAUUCGACGGGGAUGUUACGUUACAGGGAUACGGGCUCUGGAGGAGCGACUAGGCGUGACUCUUCCUGAAGACUACAAAGAGUUCCUCAGCAUCACAAAUGGUCUUGAUUCAAUGUGGGAUGGCCAGAAUCUUGUAGACUACCUGGCUGCUGCCCAGGAAGUCAAUUGGCAAGAGAUCGACUUCCUCGAAGGCAAUGAACUUCCUCUGCUGAAUGACGGUGAGCCACUAGCAUGGACGAAAAACAUCCUGGAAUGGCCAAAAGUCGAAAAGCCUCGGUGUAUCUGUCUCUCGGGCGAUAUCAACCACGAAGAAACGGCUGGCCAUUUCUUCCUCAUAGGUCAGGAUCUGCUUCAGCCAGCCAAAGAUUAUUUCUUCAAGACAUAUGAGGAAAGGGACGAGGUUCAACGCCGCGAACUUGACCGCCUGGUUAAGGAGACAUAUGGCAGCAUGGAAAACUUCAAAAAUCUCGAGUGGGGAUUGAUAAGUUGGACCGCAUGGGAUUUUACUGUUUACCCGUAUAAUGGGUUUCGUGACUUCUUGGAACAGAUGGCUGAGGCGUCUUUGCGCCAGGAGAGACCUUGGUUGAAUAUGUUUGAGCCGAGAUUUAGAAAGACGGCAAACAUGGAUGGUGCGUAA